AUGAAUGAACAGGCUUAUCUUAAACAAAACAAGACAGCCCGAAAUCAAUUAAGAAGAAUUAUGUCGAACGAAGACAAUAAUUGUCAAGCACGAUUACCACUAAAAGAUGUUCCUAUUGAGCUUCAACAGAAAGUUAUUGAUCUUGGUGGAAAACCUGAUCUUAAUCUUUAUAAAGUCCAAGCGAAUAACCCAACACUUCUUUCAUCUUGGAUUGAGAUUUUUCGUGGCGCACAACUCUGUAAUUCUCAAUAUUAA